AUGACUUCCUCAUUCAUUUUAAAUACUUUGUUAAUUUACUUGACUAUAUUCACUUUCUACGCAAGUACAUGGCCAAAUCACGCAGGAACUUGUGACGUUAAAAAAGUGGAUCAAAGUCCGCAUGCCGGAAAUAAAGGAGAAAAUAUUGUACAAGGAAAUGGAGGUUAUAAUAUUACGGUCAAGAAAGAAAAUGAUCAUUACCUUUUAACUCUUGCCGGCCCUGAAGCAAUUCGCGGUCUUCUUGUUUAUGUCGAGGAUAAAGAUGGGAAUCGUUUUGGUGAAUUCACUUUAGAUAAUAAUUUAUUGCAAUACAAGGACUGUGAGGGGAAAGGAAAAAGUAAUACCGUAACUCACACUUCAAAAGAUCCAAAAACCCUUCCUUUGGAACUAAAAUGGAAACCGGAUAAUUCCUUUGGUGAUGCGGUUGUUCAUUCUGUUGUAGUAGUUGACUUCAAACAUUGGUAUCAUCUUGAUGAUGUGAAGUUUUCAUCCUCAUAA